AGUUUAGGGGUAAAAAUACUAAUUUUUAAGGGUAAAGAUAAAAGAACCUAACAGAAGUAGCAUAACUAUGUAACUGUUAUAUUAUAGAGAGAAUUUUUAACAAGUCAUAUAUUUUAGAAGGCAAAAUUAAGUAGUGUCGAAAGUUUAAGAGGUAAAAAUAGUAAUUAUUCUAAUUUAUAAUAUUCCUCUAUGUCCCCUAAAUUUUGAAUAAUUACUAAAUGAACAAAUAAAGCUGACUAGGGAAGUGAAAAAUGUGCGAGAAACAAGUCAUAUAUGGUGUUUGGGGGUUAAAGUAGUAUUUUCCCACUCUUUCCCGCGCACUUUCUUUCACGCUCCUCUGCAACUCUCCCUUCAAUCGUCUGAUGAAGAUGAAUGUGCAUGCUCGCUUGCUUUUAUUGAUAGGGAUUUUCUCACUUCUAAUGACCUUUACAAUCACAAACCCUAGACGUCAUCCUGAGCAAGACAACCCCUCUUUUCUUACCUCUACUCUUUCUUCUUCCUCUGUUUCCAUGGCUUCUCUUCAAGAUUCCUUCUCAGACCACGGCAGCACUAAGGAUCUUCAGUACGAUUUCUAUCGUGAUUCCUGCCCUGAUGCUCAGCAGAUUGUACGUUCGAAAAUGGUCGACGCUUACUCCCAACAAAAGGAUAUCUCUGCAGCUCUGCUUCGCCUUUUCUUCCACGACUGCUUCGUUCACGGAUGUGAUGCUUCAGUCCUUUUGGAUGACAGUCAUGGUAAUAGAAGUUUCUCAAUCGAGAAGCAGGCUGUGCCUAACAAAAGCUUGAGAGGAUUUGACAUUAUUGAUAGGAUAAAGGAGGAAAUAGAACGAGUUUGCCCCGGGAUUGUCUCUUGUGCAGAUAUAAUCUCUCUUGCCACUAGAGAUGGGAUUAUCCUUGCUGGUGGCCCCUUUUAUCCAGUUUUUACAGGUCGAAGAGACAGCAUUCGAUCUUAUUAUGAGGACGUAUUGAAUGAAAUUCCAAACCCUGAUGAUACUAUCACUCGAAUACUUCAUCUCUUUUUACUGAAAGGUUUUAAUGAAAGAGAGACAGUUAGUCUUUUAGGAGGGCACAACAUUGGAAAGAUGAGCUGCGAGUUCAUUCAAAAUCGUCUCUAUAACUUUAAUGGUACAGGGAAGCCAGACCCCACUAUAGCUGCUAAUUUCCUUAACAAGAUAAGAGUAAAAUGUCAAGGAGAUAAUAACAGCCGAGUUAGAAAUGGAUUAUUUGAAAGCAUGGACUCAGGAGCUUCUAACAUUCAGGAAUUAGCAUCUUCACUGCCAUCUGGUGAAGGUUUUGACACGCACUACUAUGAGAAUCUAAUGAUGGGACAAGGGCUACUCUUUGCUGACCAACAAUUGAUGGCUGAAGAGAAGACUGCUAGACUGGUUAGAGCUUAUGCUUCAGAUGAUGGAUCUACCUUCAGACUAGACUUUGCCGCAGCUAUGGUGAAGAUGUCAAACCUUGGUGUUCUCACUGGCUCUCAAGGUGAGGUAAGACUGAACUGCUCUUUGUCUCUGUUUAGUUCUAAGUGACAAGUCAUGUGUACAUUGAAUUUAGCCGAAGCCAUGGUAAUGAUGUCUUUCUUAGUGGAAGUUAUGUGUAUCUUUCCUUUUGUCAUAUUGGAUUGAUUACAUAGGCAAUAAAGAGUUGCCCUGUAUUAUGAUUGUAAGAGCUGCAAAGGUGUAAUGGUUUUGCUGGUCUUUAUUCUUAGUUUGCUUAAAGAUGCAGCUGAUUUGCUAUACUGCAUGGAUUCUGUAAUGUUGUCAAAUUUGAUAGCUCAAAAAAUUAUUCAACUUUACCAAACAAUUUAAA